AUGGCGGUCGAUGCGAGCACAAUUGCAACGGAAUCAAUGAAAAUUCUGAUGGCCUCCGACCACACAUCAGUGGUUUCGAUGAACCUUUUCGUGGCGCUUCUCUGCGCUUGUAUUCUACUUGGUCAUUUGCUGGAGGAAAGUCGAUGGAUGAACGAGUCCAUCACAGCCCUUGUAAUUGGACUGUGCACAGGAGUUGUAAUUUUGCUCACAACUGGAGGAAAAAGCUCACAUUUGUUGGUGUUCAGUGAAGAUCUCUUCUUUAUAUAUCUGCUUCCGCCUAUCAUUUUUAAUGCCGGGUUCCAGGUCAAGAAGAAGCAAUUUUUUCGUAAUUUCAUGACUAUCGUGACGUUUGGUGCUGUUGGAACUCUCAUAUCCUUUGCCAUCGUAUCCUUAGGUGCAAUGCACUUUUUUCACAAGUUCAGUGUCGGUUCCCUCAAGAUUGGAGAUUAUCUUGCACUUGGCGCGAUAUUUUCUGCAACCGAUUCUGUUUGCACCUUACAGGUGCUGAAUCAGGAUGAAACGCCUUUGUUGUACAGCCUGGUUUUUGGGGAAGGUGUCGUUAAUGAUGCUACAUCAAUAGUGCUUUUCAAUGCGAUUCAGAGCUUCGACCUCUCUCACAUCAAUACAAGCACUGCUUUGCAAUUUUUUGGAAACUUUUUAUAUUUGUUUGUUACAAGUACAAUCCUGGGAGUCGCAGCUGGACUACUAAGUGCAUUUAUCAUCAAGAAGCUCUACUUCGGCAGGCACUCAACUGAUCGCGAAGUCGCUCUUAUGAUACUCAUGGCUUACCUGUCAUACGUGCUGUCUGAACUAUGUUAUUUGAGUGCCAUUCUCACUGUGUUCUUUUGCGGAAUUGUUAUGUCUCACUACACAUGGCAUAACGUGACUGAAAGUUCACGAGUGACAACUAAGCAUACUUUUGCCACUCUCUCAUUUGUGGCCGAGAUCUUUAUCUUUCUUUAUGUCGGCAUGGAUACCCUGGACAUUGACAAGUGGAGAUUUGUGAGUGAUAGCCCUGGAAAAUCCAUGGCGGUGAGUUCGAUACUGUUGGUACUGGUUCUGGUUGGAAGAGCAGCCUUUGUUUUUCCCUUGUCUUUCUUAUCCAACUUGACUAAGAAAUCUCCACAAGACAAGCUUAGUUUAAAGCAACAAGUUACAGUUUGGUGGGCGGGGCUUAUGCGUGGCUCUGUUUCAAUGGCACUUGCUUAUAAUCAGUUUAAUAGGUCUGGCCAUACGGACUUGCGUGCGAAUGCGAUCAUGAUCACCAGCACCAUCACAGUUGUUCUUUUCAGCACGGUGGUGUUUGGUUUGAUGACUAAACCACUUGUGAGAAUCUUGCUUCCUGUCUCAAAACACGUCUCGAGUAUGAUUUCUUCUGAACCGUCUAGUCCUAAAUCAAUCGUUGUGCCACUACUCGGCAAUGGCCAAGAUUCAGAAGUGAACUGUGGGGUGGAAGAUGCAGAGGCAAACAUAGGACCCGUGGACAUACCCCGUCCAACUAGUUUACGAAUGCUCUUAAGCUCUCCUUCUCACACCGUCCACCAUUACUGGCGAAGAUUUGAUAAUGCUUUCAUGCGGCCUGUUUUUGGCGGGCGGGGUUUUGUGCCUUUCGUUCCAGGCUCACCUGUUGAAGAAAUUGGAAAUCAAUGGCAUUGAGACGGAACUAACACACAUAUAUAACUACUUAUACACAAUUACAGAUGAGCACUAAUUUAUGUAAUGUAUAGGUUGUGCUUGAGAGUGGCUGCAGUGUGCAUUUGUUCAUACAAAGGAUACUUGUUUCGUGUGGUGACAGCAUUUUACACAGGAUGAGCUGCUUGUUUCGUGUGGUGGUUCGGAAAUUUUCGUGUCUGCGUAGGUUGCUGAUUAGGUUAAAUCCUUAGCACAGUUGAUGCCCUUGUAAGUUUUGUGUGAUUGGUGUUGUAAUGAUCCUUCAAAUUUUUUGAUUUCGGAAAUUGCAUCAACUGAGUGGUUUGAAAAA